UGUUGGUUCAUCAUUGUGCAGCGACCAGAACAUCAAAACUACCAUAGGAGUGAUGCACUUUUUCCAGCGACGGCAUGUGCGUCAGCGAAUCUCGCCAUCAAACCCUAAUCCAACCAUCGCCAUGAAGAUGCUCCUCGCAGAAGCUUCUUCAUCCGCUUGCAGAUCCUACAUCCUCGUCGUUCUCCUCUCCGUUUUCCUCUUCUGGCGGCUCCGUCUCAACCCGCAGAACGCAACUCGCUCCGAAUCCGAGACUGCGACGCACACAAACUACAUAAUCCGAUUCAAGCACUACAAGCCGGCGGAAACUCAUCGGAUUUACCUCGAAUCGGAGGUCCGAUCCGGCGGUUGGGGGUGGAUCGAGAGGGAUAACCCGGCGGCGAAGUAUCCGACGGACUUCGGCGUUCUAUGGAUCGAGGAGAGCGGGAGAGAGGCCGUCGUUGGAGAGAUUGAGAGGCUGGCGAUGGUGAAAGACGUGAGCGUUGAGUUUAGGUACCAGAGAGUUUUGCUGGGAGGAUCUUUUCUCGACGGGGAGAAGCGUCCGGGGAAGAUCUUCACUUCCAUGUCUUUCGAAGGAGGUGCUGAUCACUCUGCCAAGGCGGCUCCUAGUAACGCCACGUCACGGCGUCUUCUUGCUCAAAAGACUCAAGUGACGUCCAUGUUUGGAGCAGAUGUUCUCUGGAAGAAAGGGUACACUGGUGCUAAAGUCAAAAUGGCUAUAUUUGAUACUGGAAUUAGAGCUGACCAUCCUCAUUUCCGUAACAUCAAGGAGCGUACAAAUUGGACAAAUGAGGACACUUUGAAUGACAACCUGGGGCAUGGGACAUUUGUUGCGGGUGUUAUUGCUGGUCAAAAUUCAGAGUGUCUUGGUUUUGCCUCAGACACGGAGAUCUAUGCCUUCCGAGUGUUCACAGAUAACCAGGUAUCGUACACCUCAUGGUUUCUUGACGCUUUCAAUUAUGCCAUAGCAACAGAUAUGGAUGUAUUGAAUUUGAGUAUUGGGGGACCGGACUACUUAGAUCUGCCUUUUGUAGAGAAGGUAUGGGAAAUAACAGCCAGCAAUAUCAUUAUGGUGUCAGCAAUUGGAAAUGAUGGGCCACUUUACGGAACGUUAAAUAAUCCAGCUGACCAGAGUGAUGUCAUUGGUGUCGGUGGUAUUGACUAUGAUGAUCACAUAGCUUCAUUUUCAUCUCGUGGGAUGAGCACCUGGGAGAUUCCUCAUGGAUAUGGCCGUGUCAAACCAGAUGUGGUUGCAUAUGGCCGUGAAAUUAUGGGGUCCAAGAUUAGCACUGGUUGUAAAAGCUUGUCUGGAACAAGUGUGGCCAGUCCUGUUGUUGCUGGUAUUGUUUGCCUUCUUGUAAGUGUUAUUCCUGAAGCUAGUAGGAAGGACCUGCUUAAUCCAGCAAGCAUGAAGCAGGCGUUGGUUGAAGGUGCUGCUAAGCUUUCGGGUCCUAAUAUGUAUGAGCAGGGUGCAGGAAGAGUUGAUCUAUUAGAAUCAUAUGAAAUUCUAAAGAGCUACCAACCCCGAGCAAGCAUUUUCCCGAGCAUUCUUGACUAUAAUGAUUGUCCAUAUUCCUGGCCCUUUUGUCGUCAGCCACUAUACGCGGGUGCUAUGCCUGUCAUUUUCAACACGACAAUUCUAAAUGGUAUGGGUGUCAUUGGCUACAUUGAAGGUCCACCAACAUGGCAUGCUGCAAACGAGGAAGGAAAUCUUCUGAGCAUUCACUUUAAGUACCCAGAUGUCAUAUGGCCCUGGACUGGCUAUCUAGCUAUACACAUGCAGAUCAAGGAAGAAGGUACACAAUUCACAGGUGAAAUAGAGGGUAAUGUAACUGUGAAAGUCUAUAGCCCACCAGCCCCUGGAGAAACUGGGCCUAGAAGAAGCACUUGCACUCUUCAGUUGAAACUGAAAGUUAUUCCCACCCCACCACGAGCGAAACGUAUAUUGUGGGAUCAAUUUCACAGCAUUAAGUAUCCUCCAGGGUAUAUUCCAAGAGACUCUCUGGAUGUCCGCAAUGACAUUCUUGAUUGGCAUGGUGAUCACCUGCAUACAAACUUUCACAUCAUGUUCAACAUGUUACGUGAUGCUGGGUACUAUAUCGAGACUCUUGGUUCUCCCCUUACAUGUUUCGAUGCUCAGCAAUAUGGAACUCUUUUGAUGGUUGACCUUGAAGAUGAAUACUUUCCAGAAGAAAUUGAAAAACUCAGAUAUGAUGUCAUCAAUACAGGACUGGGUCUAAUUGUGUUUGCUGAGUGGUAUAAUGUUGAUACCAUGGUGAAAAUGAGGUUCUUCGACGAUAACACACGCAGUUGGUGGACUCCAGUCACCGGAGGUGCAAAUAUUCCCGCACUGAAUAAUCUUCUUGCGUCAUUUGGAAUUGCGUUUGGAGACAAGAUUCUGAAUGGGGAUUUCAGUAUUGACGGUGAGCAGAGUCGAUAUGCUUCUGGAACGAACAUUGUCAGGUUUCCUGCUGGUGGGUUUAUGCACAGUUUUCCUUUACUGGACAGCUCUGAGAGUGGUGCCACACAGAAUCUGCUGCUAACAGGGUCCUCGAAGGAAGACCCUGCUGUUCUUGGGCUUUUGUCGAUUGGUGAUGGCCGAGUUGGUGUAUAUGGAGACUCAAAUUGCCUGGACAGUAGCCACAUGGUCACCAACUGCUACUGGCUCCUGAAGAAAAUGCUAGAUUUCACCAGUUCAAACAUCAAAGACCCUGUGCUUUUCUCGAAGUUUUCUAAGAGAUAUUCACCCGUAACCACAGACGAGAAGCAACUGCCGUCUCGAAGAACUGAUGUGAAUUUUUCGACAUACUCUUCUGUAAUCGGAAAGGAGCUAAUCUGUCAGGGCGACUCCAGAUUUGAAGUAUGGGGGACUAAAGGAUAUAACUUACACGUUAGAGGAAGGAACCGUAGAUUGCCCGGUUAUCGUGGCAUUGAUCUAGGUCGAGGCUUGAAUUCCACAGUGGAGAAUACAAGACCUGCACGUUAUAGAUCAGCCAGGGAAGAAGGUGAGCUUAGUUCUUCCAGGAGCAAGUAUCUGGGAGGCCUAUUCAAUAGAGACGAGAUUGACACGUCAUUUCUUGUUGCUACUCGCUGGAUAGUACCUGCUGGUGUUGCAGCUAGUGGAGUUCUAGUGCUACUAAGCAUAUGGAGGAUCCGGCAGAAGAAGCGUAGGAGGAGAAGAGCAUCUGGAUCUAAUCGUUAGCCUAGCAUAUAGCCGUGUCUAGGACCAGUCGAUUUUGCCUGCGUAGAGCUUCAGUUUAAUUUUCUGUAGCUUUUUUCUUACUGUCAUUUACACUGGCCACAGAAAUGUAAUUUCACUUUUAACAUUUCUACAGCUGGGAAUUUUUCAAGAAAUUAGUUUUCGAAAACCU